CAUCUUUGACGCUGAUGCCUACCAACAGCGUCUUUGUAUCCCAAGACUUUGAUCGUACAGUUAGUUGCCUCCUUAGGCUAGACUCGUUUCACAGCUGGGCGAGGACGCCUGAGCAGGCGAACCGACGCACGACGCUAUCCAAGAAAGCCGUAGAAUUACCAACAAAAGAGGGGAGCUCGCGAUAAGAUUAACAUCUGUACGGGGUCUGCUUGUGCGCACCGUCUUCAUAUCCUCUCCAGCGGGAACCCACCUCUUCUCUCUCUGCGAUGAUGGAGAGCGACACGUUCGAACGCUUCUCGGCGUUGGACUUCUCGUCCGGACAGACGACGGCGCCGGAACAAGGCGUUUUCGGCACGUACAAGGAACAGACGUCUGGCAAGAUCAUCGAUGUCGACGUUCAACUUGUAUCCGCACUGCGGCGACAGUAUCCAGAGCUAAUCAUCACGUGAGUGCUAAGCACCCAAGCGUCGAAAAAGUAUCGUUUCAAAGAGCAGAGAGCCUCGUUCUAGCUACGCGGAGUCGAUCAGGGCAGGCCCCGAUGCCAAUGCUUACUAUGAUUGCAGAACAAUCCCCACGUCGAACGUGAGUCUUCUGCAGUUUGCAGCAGCCGGCUAUGCGACAGCAGAGCUGGACAUGGACGACGAGACCAUCAUCAGCUGGAGAGAGUUUAUCCCACCAGCGCAACGAGGAAGGGGAGACGGUAUGCUGGCGGACGCGAUUUACUUUGCUCGCUACCGAUACCGCUGGGGCCAGGAGGACUUUCUCCUAUACACCAUUCAAAUCGGUCUGAGCAACGUCCAGUACGUGCUCAAGGAGCCUAGAGGCGGUGAGAAGAUACAAGGCCACAGCCGAGUGACAGACGCUCUCAUCUUUGCAGUCGGACGUUGGAUGUCGACUGAGCCUGAUGCACUCUACGUCUUCGACCGCUAUUGGUUCAAGAGUAGCGAGAUGUGGAAAGAGGUGCAGAAAGCCUCGUGGGAUAAGGUCAUUUUGGACCCGAAGAUGAAGAAGGAUCUUGUCGGUGUGUGCGACACGUUCUUUGAUUCUGAGAAGACGUACAAGGAGUACGGUGUGCCGUGGAAGCGAGGUCUCAUUUUUUAUGGGCCGCCAGGUAAUGGCAAGACCAUCUCAAUCAAGGCGCUCAUGCAUUCGAUGUACACACGCAAAUCGAAGGUGCCAUGCCUGUACGUGAAAUCAGCGCCGGCGACCUACAUGCUCGCAAAUGUUUUCGCGAUGGCUCGCUCUGAGGCGCCGUGCCUGCUCGUCUUCGAGGACAUCGAUACGAUCGUCACGCCUGCCACACGUGCUUAUUUCUUCAACGAGGUGGACGGCAUGUCGAACAACGACGGCAUUAUGAUGAUAGCAUCCACGAACUACCUCGACAAGCUUGAUCCUGGUCUGACGAAGCGGCCGUCCCGGUUUGACCGGAAGUACUUGUUUCCCAUUCCAAGCAGAGACGAGCGCGUGCUGUACGCUCGGUUCUGGCAGGCAAAGAUGAGAGGGAAACCGAUCGAGUUCCCAGACGAGCUUUGCCCUGCCGUCGCAGACAUCACGGAUGGCUUCAGCUUUGCGUACCUGCAAGAACUAUUUAUCGCCUCGCUUUUGCAAUUACUCAGAGGCGACUCGGACGGGCCCGAAGACAGGCCAGAUAAGGGCGAAGGCGACGAGCUUGACAAAUACGAAUUAUGGCGGGCCUUGAAGCGGCAGGCCGAGAUUCUACGGGGGGGGGGGGAUGACAAUGGGCUCUCUCAGUUGGGCGACAGAUGA